CCGUUUUCAGUAGUAAUGUUCUAGUCAUUAUGCUAUAUAGUGGCAUGUUUCUCUAAGUCUGAAAUGUUAGGACUGGAAGCAUUGGAGUUAUUAUCGCCCUUUAAAUCUCGCAAUGUUGUGUCAAAGAACGCUUGCUAAUGUUAGCUUAGUGCCUAGCUGUCUGCUAAAAGUUACGCUCGCUUGUCAACCAGCUAACGUUACGCUACGCAUAGCUGUUUUCUUGAUAGUCCGACAUUUUCCGACGAAGAAUUAUCCAUCUGUAAAUUGUUUCCAUUCCUCCAGUUAGCCCCCCACACACAGGUAACGUUACUGCGGUCACCGGUCCAUUCGAGACGUUAGCAAGCUAGCUACCGACGAGCGAGACACUAGUUUUCUAUCCACUCAUCGCGAGCCUUUGUCCUGUCAGUGAGUUGGCGUCGUACAACACGAGGUAUUUGUUGGAAAACUUUUUGUUCCUUAGCAGCGGACAAUAUUUGGCGUUGAAGUGACACGUUACAGAAGGCGUGACGUUUGGCUUGAGCAACUUUCCAUAACACGAGUGAUAAUAAACAGGCACUACUUUAGGGGGACUGAGUCCGCGAGUUAAUAGGCCCGUAUGAGAUGUUUUUGUACUCGUUAGUCAUUUAUGUAUCUGGACCCAAUCUCUUAUUGGUUCGUGGUCACUGCAAUUCGUGAAUGAUCAUCAAACAAUGAUUUCGAGACCAGAUUUGAUUCCUUUCUCAGUUAAAAAACAACCAUGCAGUAUUCAUUUACAUUAAAACUUUGAAACGCGUUUGUUCCCAUUAUGUCUUAUAUGUCCAUUUAACCGUGUCAGUAUUUUUAAACACCUGAGUCAUCUCUUACUCAUCCGGUGUUCUGUUCAAAUGUCAAUGUAAUGCAACAGUAAUCAACAGUCUAUGUCUAAGCUUUGUUUUUUACCAAGGCUGCUGCAUUUUAUAAAUGUGAUGGAUUGAAUUCACAAAAUCCUAUUGGGAUUGACCAUUUACCUGAUAGAACUUUAAGAACCUGUAUAACAUCACUUGUUGUUUUUUUACAGGAGUUUGAGUAUUUUAAAAUUUUCUGUGACGUCCACACAAUUUCUGUUGUGAUGUUUUUCUCUCUCUUUGCUUGUUCAGAGGUGGGGAAGCUGUUACAAGUACAAAAUGGGACACCUCCAAGCACCAACUACAACGGGGUAGAUGCUGUUCAUGCCUGUAACAUCCUUCAGCAGCUCAAAGCCUUGUACGAUGAAGCACAGCUCACGGACAUCGUUGUAGAAGUGGACCAUGGCGUGACUUUCUCAUGUCACCGAAAUGUCCUUGCCGCAAUCAGCCCGUAUUUUAGGUCCAUGUUCACCAGUGGCCUUACAGAGAGCAGUCAGCGUGAGGUCCGAAUUGUUGGGGUGGAAUCUGAAUCCAUGAACCUCGUCUUAGACUAUGCCUACACAUCCAGGGUCAUGCUCUCUGAGUCCAAUGUCCAGGCCCUUUUCACUGCAGCCAGCAUUUUCCAGAUUCCUGCCUUGCAGGAUCAGUGUGCCCAGUUCAUGAUCAGCAGACUUGACCCGCAGAACUGUAUUGGGGUCUACAUGUUUGCCGAUGCCUAUGAACAUCAGGAGCUCAGGGAACGCUCACAGGACUACAUACGCAAGAAGUUCUUGUGUGUGUCAUGGGAGCAAGAGUUCCUCCAGAUGACCAAGGAGCAGUUGGUCAGCAUUUUGAACAAUGAUGACCUCAACGUGGAGAAAGAAGAGCACGUCUAUGAGAGCAUAGUCCGCUGGCUUGAGCAUGACCUGUCUGGCCGUGAGGCUCACCUACCUGAGGUUUUUUCCCAGUGCAUCCGUCUGCCCCUGCUGGAAGAGGCCUUCCUCAAUCGGAUCCCUCCCCCCUUUGCUUGUGCCCUCUCCCUGUCUAAGGACCCUGCUGAGGCCAAAGCCCGCCUCUCUGGCACCAAUGGUUGCCCCCAGCGCCUGGGAAUGACUGCGUCGGAGAUGGUCAUCUGCUUCGAUGCCGCUCACAAACACUCAGGGAAGAAGCAGACGGUGCCUUGCCUGGACACCGCCACGGGAAGGGUGUUCAAGCUCUGCAAACCGCCCAACGAUCUCCGGGAGGUUGGUAUCCUAGUGUCCUCGGAGAACGACAUCUUCAUUGCUGGAGGUUACAGACCGAGCAACAGCGAAGUGUCCAUAGACCACCGGGCCGAGAGCGACUUCUGGCAGUACGAACACGCCGGCAACCGGUGGUUGCCACGCGCGCCUCUGCUGAGAGCGAGGAUAGGCUGCAGGCUUGUGCACUGCUGUGGGAAGCUUUAUGCACUGGGAGGCCGAGUAUAUGAAGGGGAUGGGCGCAAUGCACUGAAGUCACUGGAGUGCUACGAUGCCAGGGACAACUGUUGGACAGCGGUGAGUCCCAUGCCAGCGGCCAUGGAGUUUCAUAGCGCCGUGGAGUACAGGGACCGCAUCUAUGUCCUCCAAGGUGAAUAUUUCUUCUGCUUCGACCCCCGUAAGGACUACUGGAGUCAUCUCCCCCCGAUGAGUGUCCCGCGUAGCCAGGGUUUGGCUGCCUUGCAUAAAAACUGCAUCUACUACAUCGCCGGCAUCUGCAGGAACCACCAGCGCACCUUCACCGUGGAGGUUUACGACAUUGAGAAGAACACAUGGUGUCGCAAGAGAGAUCUGCCCUUUGACCAAGCCACGAGCCCCUACAUAAAGGCCAUGCUGCUGCAAGGCAAGCUGCACCUGUUUGUGCGAGCCACGCAGGUAAUGGUGGAGGAGCACGUGUUUCGCACCAGCCGAAAGAACUCCCUGUACCAGUACGACGACGAGGCGGACCUAUGGACCAAAGUCUACGAGACGCCUGACCGCCUCUGGGAUUUGGGUCGCCAUUUUGAAUGUGUGGUGGCCAAACUUUACCCACAAUGUCUGCAGAAAGUGCUUUGAGGUGGCCGGUUUUGUGAACCCACCCUGUGAGGCAGAGGGAGUUGGGUGGUCCUGCCUGCCUUGUGCCUGGUGUGUGACCAUUUUUGGUUAAGUCUUAAGUCGUUCAAACUUUGGUUUAAUGCGAUCAAAACGGGGUGCUUUUAAAGAUUGCAGUAUUUUUUUUUGUUUUUUUCCAGACAGCACCAACUACCCACACUGAUGCUUGUUUAACAAAACCGUUCAAUGAAUCAUAAGUGCAAUUAUCCUUUUUUUGCUUGUUGUUGAGCCAUGUUGUUCCAUUCUUUGUCUUCUAUACAUAUAGGGUUUUUAUAAGUGAUGAGCAUGCAAAUGAGGGUGUUGGCAAGAUAAAAGUGCCCUCUUGAGAAAGAUGCUACCUGUCGGCAUAAAGUGAAAAUCUAUAUAAAUCUCUAUAUAAAAAUAACUAUAUAUUCAUACGGGUAAGAUGAGAACCAUAGCUCAUUAGUUGGUUUGCUGGCUCUGAGGUUUGUGUUUUUCUUCCUAUUCUGUCCUCAAGACCUGUCAGCUUCUUUUAUAGCCAAGUUUUAAUUUAAAGUGUGCUUUGAUUAACUUUACUUGGGUGUUUUUGAAGCUAGUAUUUUUUUUUUUUAAGGCUCCCUCUUCCUUAACAUGCUUCAUGUGUGGCUUCCGAGCCAUUUUCCCUUUUGUUUGAGAUUCCAGCUGCAUGGGGGCUCACACCUCCCACUCUUUGAGUUGGCAUCCAUUUUGUGUCACAUGCAAAGAUAACUUAAGUGAAAUGUUAGAAUACUCACUCUCCACAUUGGAGAAAUAAGGACAGAGUCAAAUUUGUGUCAACACUAAGUGAAAAGUUCAAACUAACAGGCUUACCUCAGAAACUUAAAACAUGUUUGAUUAGGAGAAAAGGGACAUUUCAGGCCACAGUGUUUAGUAAGCGACCGUGCUAAAAGCUCCGUGAAGCAAUGACCUCCGUCGAGGUUGCUUUUGACAUCGGAUUAUAUUCAUUUGGAAAAGGUUGGAUGAGCCUCCCUCCUAAAUGCCCCCCAAAAAGCAUUUGAGGUCUUGUUAUUAUUGAUCUGAACAUUGGAAAGUUUUUGUAGUAGCAAUAAGUCAUGGAACUGUGAUCAGGCUAUAUUACUUAAUAUUACCGUAGUAAAAGUGCAUUAAUGGUGUUGCGUGCUCGUCCCGCUGGCGAGACUCCCCGUAGUUCCUAUGAUGGUGUGGCUGCUGCGUGGGUGCAGGCUUGAAGUGAUGCGGAGUUUAGUGCAGAUCAUUUUGGGAUGCCAAUGUGCCUGUGGCUGGUUUAAAAAAAAAAAAAAAAAAAAAAAAGGGGGGGGGGGUGACAGAUCCCAAACCUGCUCCUCCCGAUGAAGAAUAUCUGGAAUGGUCUUACUCAGCAUUGCACUGCGGACUUCAGCGAGCCCCCCCCUCGGGGGCGGUUGUGCUGGAAUUCAUCAAAAAGCCAUGGGUCAUCACACAGAGGGCACAAAAUGGUGGUGCUGCUUUUUUUUUUUUGUUCUUUUUUUUUUUGACAAUCUUGUACAGAAGAAUUAUACCACGACUGCGUGGCGUUCCCUGUGAAAGCGUGACAUUUUCCGUGCCGUCAAUCUCCUCAUGCAGGUUCCUGUGUCAUCUUUGCACUACACAUUUCUCUCGUGUUUUUCUUUGAACGAGUGCUCCUUUUUUACCACGAAAAAAAAAAAAAAAAAAAGGUUUUAGUAACCACAUA